AUGAAGAACGUCCAGGCUUUGACGUACAAGAGUGGAUUGAAGAAAGCGGAAUACCUGAUCAAGAAGGGCACCGCCACGGAUGUUCCGUGCAAGAUUAGUCCUGAGGCGUACUUCGACGCACUGAAGCUGGACCCGAAGCUCAAAAAUAUCGUGGAUUCGUCGGCUGCAAGACAGAACAACCCUGGCUUGAAGAAGUUUUACACGUACUCCAACUUCUGGACUGCUUCGCAAAGGCGAAAGAUCAGGUCAACAAGUCCUGAAUCGUACAUUGAGGCGCUGAAGUUGGACCCGAAGCUCAAACUAAUUGCGCAUUCGAAGGUCGCGAGAAAGAACAACCCUACCUUGGAGAAGUUUUUCACGUAUGCUACCAAGACCAGCUCGAAAAUUAGACUAAACAGUGUUGUGAAGAAGCUGGAAAGAAUCUCGCCGAUGGAUUGA